CUUUUAUUGUGAAGGCAACAACCGGAAAUAUGUGCGACAGGCUGGAAAGCGGAACGGAAGCUGCAAAGGACCCAGAAGUUUAGCGCAAAGAUGAGCUCAAUCGGCACCGGGUACGACCUGUCGGCCUCCACUUUUUCUCCUGAUGGCCGUGUGUUUCAGGUGGAGUACGCCAUGAAGGCGGUAGAGAACAGCAGCACUGCCAUUGGGAUCCGCUGCAAGGAUGGAGUCGUGUUUGGGGUGGAGAAGCUUGUCCUGUCCAAACUGUACGAGGAGGGCUCCAAUAAACGUAUCUUCAAUAUUGACAAACACGUUGGCAUGGCGGUAGCUGGACUACUAGCUGAUGCUCGUUCUCUUGCUGAUGUGGCCAGAGAAGAAGCCUCCAGCUUCAGAUCCAACUAUGGACACAACAUUCCCUUGAAGCACCUGUCUGAUCGAGUGGCCAUGUACGCCCACGCCUACACACUCUACAGCGCCGUGAGGCCCUUCGGCUGCAGUUUCAUCCUGGGUUCAUACGACAAAGACGACGGUUCUCAGCUCUAUAUGGUAGACCCGUCUGGGAUCUCAUACGGUUACUGGGGAUGUGCCAUCGGAAAAGCAAAGCAAGCUGCUAAGACAGAGAUUGAGAAGUUGCAGAUGAAAGACAUGACCUGCAGAGAGCUGGUUAAAGAGGUCGCCAAGAUAAUCUACAUCGUCCACGACGAGGUGAAGGACAAAGCGUUUGAGUUGGAGCUCAGCUGGGUGGGAGAAGUCACGAACGGUCGGCACGAGUUUGUUCCUAAAGACAUCCGAGAGGAAGCAGAGAAAUAUGCAAAGGACUCGCUGGAGGAGGAAGACGACUCUGACGAAGACAACAUGUAACACUGACCCCGCUUCACUCGUCUGACUCUUUUUUUAUUGUUCAAGAACUUUCAUGUUGCUUUGUUUUGGAUUUUCAACUUUAAAAAUAAAGUAGAAGAAAAAUGUA